GAAAAGUGGAUACAAAUUGAUAUACAAUUUGAUAUUGCUUAUAGGAAUUAGUUUUUUUUUUCUUAGAAAAAAAAAACUUUUUCAGUUUGUCUCGGAUAUUACAACUAUCACAUGGACUUGUCUUACCUUAAAAUUGAACCCUUUUAGCACUAACUAUAAUGAUAAAAUGCUAAACUAUCACAUGGACCUGUCUUCACCUUAAAUUUGGACCCUUUUAAUAGCAAUUUUCCGUUGUUUCCCUCAUUCUUCCUAUUUUAACCAAACAACCGCGAGUCUCCAGACUCCAAACCAAAACGGAAAGCAAGAGAGAAAGUCCACAGUAUCAAAUAUCAAUGAGUAAUAUAUAAUAACGGAAAAAAAAAAAAAACAGUUUUCGUAUAGUACGCAGGCACAAGUACCCGUAACAAAUAUAUUUAUAAAAGAAAACCAUUGCUCAAAUUUGUUUAGUUUUUUUUAACUUUUCCAUAGUCGAUUUACUACAAAAUUUUACAGUGGAGUUUGAAAUUUUCUGUAGCAUACUAUAGAGGUCUAAACGAGUUAGACUGAGUUGAGCUCAUAAUUUCAUAAUAUAAAUCCGGCUUGAGAGCCUAAAUCGAGCUCCGCUCAUUAACAAUACGUAUUCUAACUCAGUUCGUUUACUAAUAUUAAUAAUUUGAAUAUGAGUUUGAAAUUAGUGGAAAAUUAAAAAAAUAUAUAAAAAUUUAUAUAUUUUGGAGUCUUAUCCGCGUCACAAACACAUAGACAUAUAUUUCCUCUGAAGUCUAAACAUUGAAAAUCAAUUUGUCUGUUUUGUUUGGAGAAGAGAACACAAUGUGGGUCUGAUUUCUCUCUAUUUCCUUUUCUUUGUACUUUUCUCUUUCUUAUUAUUACGUCAUUUGUUCCCAUUUGCAUCAAAUUUUUAUGAGCUUAAAAUUGUGAGCUGAAAGACUUUAUAGCCUGCUUUUUGGUUUUCUUUUGUUCUCUCCCAAGUUCUUCUCGAGUGUUUUGGAAACCGGUGGUUGCAUGGCUGCUCAAAUCUCACUACAACGACUCUGUUGCUUUGUGGGCUUGUACUAUUUCUCAUGAAUUUAUUUUAGAAAAAGAUAAUUUGAUGGGAUCUCAAGAAGGUGGUAGUGAUAGCAAUGGGGAUGCCCAAACCCAAACCCAAACCCAAGCCCAAACCGAUGACCCGUUAUCCAACCCGCUGGUCCGGCAAGGAUCUUUAUACGGGCUCACUUUCGAUGAGGUGCAAAACCAGCUAGGUGACUUGGGAAAGCCUCUUGCCACCAUGAACCUUGACGAGCUUCUGAAAACCGUGUGGACUGUUGAAAAUGGCAACCAAGAAGCCGGGUCCACUAAUAAUGGGCCGGGCCCAACGGGCCCAGACCAUUGCUCGGACAUCAUGCUGCCCACUGAUCUGAGCAAGAAGACGGUAGACGAAGUGUGGCAGGACAUCCAGCAGCAGCAGGGGCAAAAGAGGAAUUUCCUCGACCGGAAGGCGACACUUGGCGAGAUGACAUUGGAGGACUUCCUGGUCCAAGCAGGUGUGGUGGCGGCCAGGUCGAUGAGGAAUAUGGGCCUGGCACAUGGGCCCGAAGAUUCAGGGGAAGUUAUGACUCAGCAGGCCCAGUGGAUGAUGAACUAUCAGGCAGUUUUCGUGCCAGGUCAGCAUAGCUACCCGGAAAGUCAAAUGAUGAUGUCAUCGCCCUUGUUGAUGGGCGCUUUAUCCGACACUCAGAGUCCGGUCCGAAAACGGGAUGAUAUAGCUGAAAAGAGUGUUGAGAGGAGGCAAAAGAGGAUGAUCAAGAAUCGGGAAUCUGCUGCUAGAUCACGAGCAAGAAAGCAGGCUUACACACAUGAGCUAGAGAACAAAGUUACUCGUCUGGAGGAGGAGAACGAGAGGCUCAAGAGACGAAAGGUUUUGAUUUCUUGUUUGAAGAAUUUGAUAAAAUAUUGCCUAGCAUACUAUCACCAGAGCCAAGGAAUGGAGAAAGGAGAAAAUCUUAGCAGCAGUAGACUGCGUGUGCUCACUUCUCAUUUGCGAACAGCUUCGCCGGCGGCUAUGGCGUCCGAGAAAGAGGCUGCCCUUGCGGCCGCUCCUUCUGAUUCUCCGACCAUAUUUGACAAGAUUAUCAACAAGGAAAUACCGGCAAACGUCGUGUACGAGGAUGACAAGGUUCUAGCUUUCAGGGACAUAGCUCCUCAGGCACCAACACACAUCCUGCUUAUUCCUAAAGUGAAGGAUGGAUUAACUGGAAUUUCAAAGGCUGAGGAAAAGCACCGCGAAAUUCUUGGCCAUCUUCUUUACACGGCCAAGUUAGUAGCAAAACAAGAAGGCCUCGAUGAUGGCUUCAGGCUUGUGAUUAAUGAUGGGCCUAAUGGAUGCCAAUCUGUGUAUCACUUGCACGUUCAUCUGCUCGGAGGACGCCAAAUGAACUGGCCGCCUGGCUAAAUUCUGGAGCCAAGAUAGAUAUAUUGCCCUCUUUCGAUCUUUUGAAUCCGUUCGUGCACUUUUUCAGAAGCUUGAAGCUUGUAAACUCGAAUAAGCAAUUAUCAGGCAUAAUAACCUUGGUUUUUUUAACUUCUUGAUUGUU